AUCUUUGCAUUUUUAGCACUGAUGUGUCUUAUUCUAGCCAUUGGCAAUGGCAUCUGGGAGUAUGAUAAAGGCUACUACUUCCAGGUCUAUCUGCCCUGGGCAGAAGGCGUCAGCUCUGCCUCCUACUCUGGAUUCCUCAUGUUCUGGUCAUACGUGAUCAUUCUAAACACAGUGGUGCCAAUUUCGCUCUACGUCAGUGUAGAGAUUAUUCGCUUGGGUAACAGUUUCUAUAUCGACUGGGACCGUAAAAUGUAUUAUCCGCUGAAUGACACACCAGCUCAGGCUCGCACCACUACGCUCAAUGAAGAGCUGGGGCAGAUUAAGUACAUUUUCUCAGACAAAACAGGAACUCUCACUCAGAACAUCAUGUCUUUCAACAAGUGCUCUAUCAAUGGCAAAUCUUACGGUGAUGUGUAUGAUAAGUCUGGGCAAAGAAUAGAAAUAAAUGAGAACACAGAGAAGGUUGAUUUCUCAUACAACCAGCUAGCUGACCCAAAGUUUGCCUUCUACGACCAUAGCUUGGUGGAAGCUGUGAAGCUGGGUGAUGUCCCGACGCACAGCUUCUUCCGGCUGCUCUCACUUUGUCACACAGUGAUGCCAGAAGAGAAGAAGGAAGGUAACUUGGUGUAUCAGGCCCAAUCUCCUGACGAGGGAGCUCUCGUUACUGCUGCCAGAAACUUUGGAUUUGUGUUUCGCGCUCGCACACCGGAGACCAUCACCAUCGUGGAAAUGGGGGAAACAAAAAUCUACAAACUCCUGGCUAUUCUUGAUUUCAACAAUGUUCGCAAGAGAAUGUCUGUUAUUGUGCGAAGUCCAGAAGGUGACUUGACUUUGUACUGCAAGGGAGCUGACACCAUUCUUUAUGAACUGCUUAAUUCGUCCUGCAACAAUCUCAAAGAGGAGACCACAGAACACCUGAAUGAGUUUGCCGGUGAAGGUUUGAGGACACUCGUGGUGGCCUAUAAAAACUUAGAUGAAGACUACUUUCAGGACUGGAUCAAGCGUCACCACGAAGCAAGCACUUCCUUGGAAGGACGGGAAGAUAAAUUGUCGGAGUUGUAUGAAGAGAUUGAAAAAGACCUAAUGCUGCUAGGUGCCACAGCGAUUGAGGACAAGUUGCAAGAUGGAGUCCCACAGACUAUUGAGACUCUUGCCAAAGCCAACAUUAAGAUAUGGGUUCUUACUGGAGACAAACAAGAGACGGCAAUGAAUAUUGGUUAUUCCUGCAACUUGUUGAAUGAUGACAUGGCAGACGUCUUCAUUAUUGAAGGCAGCACAUCUGAUGAUGUACUUAAUGAGCUCAGGAAUGCACGGAAAAAGAUGAAGCCAGACUCCUUUCUAGACAGUGAUGAAAUCAACAUUCAGUUUGAAAAAUCUUCAAAAAAGCCAAAAGUUUUACCAGAUGAGCAAGCAAAUGGGGUGUACGGUCUGGUUAUCACUGGCCACAGCCUGGCUUAUGCGCUGGAAGGGAAUAUGGAGCUGGAGCUGGUGAGAACUGCCUGCAUGUGCAAAGUGGUGAUCUGCUGCCGGGUGACUCCACUGCAGAAGGCCCAGGUGGUGGAGCUGGUGAAGAAGUACAAGAAGGCUGUGACCCUGGCAAUUGGAGAUGGUGCCAAUGAUGUCAGCAUGAUUAAAACUGCCCACAUUGGGAUUGGUAUCAGUGGUCAGGAGGGGAUGCAGGCGGUCUUGUCCAGCGACUUCUCCUUUGCACAGUUCCGUUACCUGCAGCGCCUGCUCUUGGUCCACGGCCGAUGGUCCUACAUCCGCAUGUGCAAGUUCCUCAAAUACUUCUUCUAUAAGAAUUUUGCCUUCACGUUAGUGCACUUCUGGUAUGGCUUCUUCUCUGGCUUCUCAGCACAGACUGUCUAUGAUGAGUGGUUCAUUACGUUUUACAAUUUGGUAUAUACCUCCCUCCCAGUGCUAGGAAUGAGCCUCUUCGAUCAGGAUGUGGAUGAUCGUUGGAGCAUGCUGUUUCCUCAGCUAUAUGUGCCUGGCCAGCAAAACCUCUAUUUUAACAAAAUAGUGUUUGUCAAGUGCAUGUUGCAAGGGAUCUACAGUUCCCUCAUUCUUUUCUUCAUCCCCUUUGGGGCCAUGUACAAUACAAUGAGAAGUGAUGGGAAGGCCAUUGCUGACUACCAGUCCUUUGCCCUGAUGGUCCAGACCUGCUUACUGAUUGUGGUGUCUGUACAGAUUGGCUUGGACACUUCUUACUGGACUGUCGUGAACCAGUUCUUCAUCUGGGGCAGCCUUUCUGUUUACUUUGCUAUCACUUUCACCAUGUAUAGUGAUGGCAUGUACCUGAUCUUCACAGCCUCCUUUCCAUUCAUUGGUACGGCUCGAAACACCCUGAGCCAACCAAAUGUGUGGCUAGCAAUCUUCCUCAGCAUUGCCCUCUGUGUGCUGCCUGUAGUUGGCUUUCGAUUCCUGAAGGCUCAGCUAAACCCAACUCCCAGUGAUAAAGUCCUGCUCAAGAUCAAAGAAGCCAAAAAGAGGCCACCUCCACCCUCACCCAAGAGACGCCUGCGUCGGACCAGCACCCGCCGCUCUGGCUAUGCCUUCUCCCACCAGCACGGCUUUGGAGCACUCAUUAUGUCUGGGAGAAACAUGCGGCCAAAAUCACCUUUUGCCACAACAGGAACGUUUUCACCAAAUAGCGAGAAAUAUAAACACAAAGGACUUUAA